GUCACUCCUGUCACUUCUCCAAAAACGAUCGUUAGAUCAGCAGGAUGGCAGUAUCGUUUGUAUAAUCUGGAAUCGGGAUUCAACAAUAACAAUACAUAAUGGCAAAAAGUGAAAAUUGAAUCAAAUUAAGGCAAUAAAUGUUUUACUUAAGAUCCAACGUUCAACAAACGAAUAUCAGCUCAUAAAUUGUUUAUAAAACUUUACUAUUAAAGCCACAAUGAAUCCUAGCCGCACCGCGGAUAAACUCCGCUCACUGAUAAAGGUGACAACGCUCGGAGCAGCUGUCUUCGGCUUUACUUGUCUGUGCAAGGGAAACGAAAAAUUCUACGAGAACAUAUUUAUGCCCAUCGUAAGGCUCAUUCCACCGGAAACGGCACACCAUCUGGCGGUUUUUGGACUGAAGCUGGGAUUGCUGCGACCGGACUAUUCGGAUCCCGAUAUACUGCGUACCCGAUUGAUGAACAUGAUGCUGAACAAUCCGGUUGGAAUCGCUGCCGGUUUCGACAAACAAGGUGAAGCGGUCUGCGGACUGCAUCAGCUUGGUUUUGGUUUCGUAGAGGUCGGAUCAGUGACCCCAAAGCCGCAACCAGGCAACCCAAGGCCACGGGUAUUUCGGUUGAACGAAGAUAAGGCAAUUGUGAAUAGGUACGGAUUCAACAGUGAUGGUCACAAAGUCGUCUAUGAGCGGCUGAAAGAAGCUCGUAAGGCUUGCGGCGAAGACGUUGUCUUAGGUAUUAAUUUAGGCAAAAAUAAGCUUUCGAAAGAUGCGAUUCGGGACUACGUGAAAGGGGUGAAGAGAUUUAGUAGCCUUGCCGAUUAUCUGGUUAUAAAUAUUAGUAGUCCCAACACGCCUGGUCUGCGGACAAUGCAAAAUAAAAGCACCCUUCACAUUUUGCUAAGUGAGGUUUUGAAGGCACGGAGCUCUCUGCCGAAGUCCGACCAGAGGCCCAUCAUGGUAAAACUGGCACCGGAUUUGUCUGAUGAAGACGUUCAGGAGGUAAUCGGUGUUGUGAGCAGCAAAGAAUGUGCAGUUGAUGGGCUAAUUGUGUCAAAUACCACUAUCGAGCGGUCACCUAGUUUGAAAAGCAUUAAUGCGGGUCAACUAGGCGGGCUAAGUGGGCAGCCGCUGUACCAAAGAUCAACGCAGCUGGUGGCAAAGGUGUACAAGUGGACUGAAGGCAAGAUUCCGAUUAUCGGAGUUGGUGGAAUAUUCAGCGGACGCGAUGCGUAUAACAAGAUUCUGGCCGGUGCCAGUGCGGUUCAGCUGUAUACGGCAUUCAUUUACCAUGGACCACCGAUUGUGAUUCGAGUCAAGCAGGAACUGGAGCAGCUGCUGAUAGCGGAUGGGUACGACAGUGUACAGCAAGCUGUCGGCAAGGGGGUGGAUCAAUUUUUAUAGUGUUGAUUAUCAUGAUUCGAAGAAUAUACAGUUCUAGAGAUAUAUA